UCUCUCCUCCUGUCACUCCCUCUCCGAAACGACGCCAUUAACGCCUCUGAGAAUACGUCACUGAUCUUCUUCGUCCUCUCUGACGGAUCAUGAGGCCUAAGCGGAGGGAUCCUUCUACGACGGCGGCCACGGAUUCCGACUCAACAGCUCCGUCGAAGAGACCAAAACAUGAAACUCCGGCAGCGGCGGCUGGUGAUGUUCCAAUCGUGUCAGAUUCCGCUCCGAAGGAAUCCAAGAAGAGGCUGGGAGCUGCAGACUCCGAGGAGAAGAGUCUCGAGUCGGUUGGGGCCGAUGGAGACGACGAUGAGGCUGCGACGGCGAAGUUUAUCGGAGAGCCUGUCCCGGAGGAAGAGGCGAGGAGGAGGUGGCCACAACGGUACCAUGAGAAGAAGAAAAAGCUCUUGGCAUGGUCAAAAAAGACAAAAGAAGACCAUAAUGAAGAUAUAAUCCAGGCACAACGCCAUUUUAGGCAGGCAUUGGUUGACGACAGCGAAACAUACGAUCUUUAUGUCGAUGCACACGUGGAGGCUGGAGAGGGUGAGGAGCCUUAUAUCUGCAAGAUUGUUGAGAUGUUCGAGUCAGUUGAUGGGACUUUGUAUUUCACAGCGCAAUGGUUCUACAGAGCUUGUGAUACUGUCAUCGGGAACCAGCAUACUUGUCUGAUCGAUAAUAAACGCGUGUUUUUUUCGGAGAUUCGUAACACCAAUCCAUUGGAAUGCCUUUUGAAGAAAUUGAAAAUUUUGAUGAUUCCUUUAAAUGCAAGUAAAGAGGCAGUAAUGGCUUCGGGAGAAACAUUUGAUUAUUAUUGUAACAUGAGAUAUUUACUACCUUACUCUACUUUUGUAUCUUUACCACCAGAUGUCAAGAUGGCUGCCAGUGAUAGUUCAACAAUAUCUAGCGAUAUUGACGCAAAUGGAGCAACUGAUGUAAAAUCAGACCAGGAAGAAGUUUCUCAAGUUGCACAACCUCAAAGAUCAGAGGUGACAUUAUUGGACUUAUACUCGGGUUGUGGUGCCAUGUCAACCGGCUUGUGUUUCGGGGCACAGUUGUCUGGUCUAAAUCUUGUCACUAGAUGGGCGGUUGAUCUAAACGAAUAUGCGUGUCACAGUUUGAAGUUUAACCAUCCAGAAACGCAGGUAAGGAAUGAGUCUGCCGAAUAUUUCUUAUUCCUGCUUAAGGAAUGGGAGAAGUUAUGCAUCUAUUUCGGUUUGAGGAAAUGCGAUGAUCCAGAAGAGGAUAGCAACCUUUAUGGGCUGAAUGACUGUGAGACUGAUGAAGAUGAGGAUGUUGAUGAUGAGAGUGGAAAUGAAGAUGGUGGUGAGAUUUUUGAAGUGGAAAAGAUACUUGAUAUUUGCUAUGGUGAUCCUAAAGGGAUAAAGAAGUGUGGCCUAUAUUUGAAGGUUCGCUGGAAGAAAUAUGGCCCGUCUUAUGACAGUUGGGAGCCAAUUGAAGGACUCAGCAAUUGUCGUGAAAGGAUCAAGGAGUUUGUUGUGCGUGGAUAUGAUUCAAAAAUCCUACCAUUGCCGGGAGAUGCUGAUGUUCUUUGUGGAGGACCUCCGUGCCAAGGCAUUAGUGGUUUCAAUCGCUUUAGGAACAAAGAGAAUCCAUUAGCGGAUGAGAAAAACAAGCAGCUUCUCGUUUAUAUGGAUAUAGUGGAAUACCUGAAGCCAAAAUAUGUCUUAAUGGAGAAUGUUGUGGACAUUCUAAAAUUCGUCAAUGGUUACGUUGGACGUUAUGCAGUGGGUCGGCUUGUCCAAAUGAAUUACCAGACGCGAAUGGGAAUGAUGGCAGCUGGGGCAUAUGGCCUCCCACAAUUCCGCAUGAGGUUCUUUUUAUGGGGUGCCCAGCCUAAUGAGAGGCUUCCUCCAUAUCCACUUCCAACUCAUGAUGUUAUCAUGAGAGGGGUGAUACCUACGGAGUUUGAGGGAAACACAGUGGCUUAUGAUGAAGGCCACACUGUAAAGUUGGCAGAAAAGCUUCUACUCAAGGAUGCAAUUUCUGACCUUCCAGCAGUUGCGAACAGUGAGAAACGAGAUGAGAUUCCAUAUGACAAGGAACCUGAAACGCCAUUUCAACGGCAUAUCAGACUAAGCAAAGAUGAAAUGUUAGGUUCAUCGUUGAAAUCCAAGCCCACAAAGCGUUUGCUGUAUGACCAUCACCCUCUAAAUCUGAACAUGGACGAUUAUCAACGUGUCUGUCAGAUCCCCAAGAGGAAGGGAGCGAAUUUUCGGGACUUAACUGGCGUGCGCGUUGGACCUAACAAGAAAGUUGAAUUUGAUCCUAAUGUCCCGAGGGUUUAUCUCGACUCGGGAAAACCACUGGUUCCUGAUUAUGCUAUGAGUUUCAUCGAUGGAACAUCAUCGAAACCGUUUGGUCGUCUUUGGUGGGAUGAAACUGUGCCAACCGUUGUUACAAGAGCAGAACCGCACAACCAGGUGAUCAUACACCCAGAACAAGACCGUGUCUUGACCAUCCGCGAAAACGCAAGGCUUCAAGGCUUCCCGGAUUUCUACAAGCUCUUUGGCCCUCCAAAGGAGAAGUACAUACAAGUAGGGAAUGCAGUAGCAGUGCCGGUUGCAAGGGCACUGGGGUUGGCGUUAGGGAGAGCGUACCAAGGCCUAACCACAGGAGACGAUCCUCUCCUCACUCUCCCUCUUGGCUUCCCCAACCCAAGGGUGAGAAAUUCUUCUGAUUCUCUUGAACAUGUCUCCUGAUCCAUGUUAUCAUUUUUUUUAAAAGAUUAAAAAUGAAAAGUAGGGAGAACAAUUCAAUUUCUUCUUGUCAUUCUGAUGUGGGAACGAUUAUUUUGUAAUUUAAAUCCUCAUUUUUAACUA